GACGAAUUUUAUAUUUUUCAUUAGAACCAAUUUGAUAGUUUCCUAAAUUUUAAAAAAUUACACAUAUAACCCUAAGAUUUGCAACCUAUACUCAAACUCACAUUAUACUCUCCAUAUUCUCUCAUCUUCACCAUCAUCUACUGCUCGCCGACGGCAGCUUUCCAGUCGCCGCCAUCGCCGCACGCGACCGAUUCCAUCUCCCUCCUUCCUUCUCUUUGGCGAUUGCGACCUGUUUCUUUCUUCCUCACUCCGCCAAGCCAACUGCUUCUGUUCGGCCAUCCACCGUGGCGCAAUCCAAGCCACCAACAGUGAACAUAACUGCAACUCAGCAAGGAAUUGGGUUGUUUGAUGAGAGUGGUGUGCACCACUAAAUAGUAGAAGGCUGGAGACUCAACUCUAUUUGAGGUGAGCAGUUUACACAAGUCAGAGUCGGUGCAGUGCAGUGAUUUGGUGUUUUCAUUCACAAUUCAAUUCGUCCAGCGACAAUAAUGGAUGAAUUCGAAUGUUCAAUUCCAAUUGCAGACGGAGGAGAAUGCAAUCCUUCAGUCCCCAUUCCGAGGGGUGGACCCAUUUACGUCUCCAAUAUGGUUGGCUCCGUCACCAGGGUUCCUCUUUUUCAGGAUUCUCUUCUAACUGAACUUCAGAAUCUAGAAGCCGAGUUACCUCAUGAUUCUUCUUCUCAUCAUGAUAUUUUGGUCAAUGACCUUAAAGUAUUUACAGAGCAUGAGUUAAUGGACAUGGCUUUGAAACAAGUUCUUGAGGGUAGAGAGAACAACGAAAAUCAUCCACCACUUUUGAACCAACCUAAUGCAGGGUGUCAGAAGAAGAACAGGAGAAAGAGAAGUGGAACAAAUAAUUCCAUUCUUGAUAAUAACUGUAUAGAAAAGGUGGAGAACAUUGUUAAAAUCAAACAGAAGCAGGAAGAAGACAAGGCGGAAGUCAGACUUCAUUCAUUUGAUCCUGUUUGCAGGAUGAAUGACUCUGCCGACAAAUCAGUAAGAACCGAAAGGAUGAUGUCUCUUAGGUCCACAAGUUCUGUCAGAAAGGUCGACACAGUGGACCUUCAGGAACACAUACCUGUGCAGCAUCAAGAAAUUCUUCUCUCUGUGGAGAUUUACCAUAAUGUUCGAAAAGGUGUCAAGACCCAAGAGUUGCUAGUUCAUGGUGCGCAGACCUUAACUGGAUUGAGGGACAAGAUCUGUUGCUCGACAGACCAGGUUAUGCAAAAAGCUGGGCAACAUGAUCCUUCUGGUUAUUUUCUCAUUGAGGAUGUAUUUUACACUGAUUUGAGGGAUCCAUCUGCUAUUGAUUUGACCAAACCCAUAAUGGAUUGGCUUCGAAACUCCAAGGAGGAGGCACAGAAGAAAUGGGAAUGUAUUGUAAAUGGGGAACUACAGCUGAAACAAAAGGCAGUCGUGGGGGAAGCAUCUGUAUCACACAUGCCUCGUUUCUCAUCUAUUGAGAUGCAAAAGAUACGCUUUUGUGACUUAAGCUUUCGACUUGGUGCUGGAUACCUUUAUUGUCAUCAGGGCGAUUGUACCCAUACGUUAGUAAUACGAGAUAUGAGGUUAAUUCAUGUCGAUGAUGUACAUAAUCGGGCUGUUUAUCCAAUAGUCACUUUUCAACUGAAGAUGCGUUUUCAGAAAUGUCAUGUUUGCAAAAUAUUCAGAGCUACAAAGGUCACGGUAGAUGACAAAUGGACACCAGAAAACCCUUGUUAUUUUUGUGAUGAAUGUUUUUCCCUACUUCACUUGGCAGAGGAUGGCUCUCCAUUGUAUACUGACUUCAUAGAGUAUGAUUAUAACCAUGAUUAAUUGCUCUUAGCCUUGGAGGCACACCUACAGACAUUAUACUGAAGAUCAAGCUUUUUACAAGAAUUUCAUUCAUUUUGUGCAUUGAAUUAUAUACCUUUGGUAGGUAAAAUAUUGAGGGAGCAGCUGAUAUUUUUUUUAUGCCAGAUGCCUACUAGGAGAUGCAUAUUUCAAAAUAUUCUUUGUUACAACAUGUCUUUUGGAUGUAAUAAUGCAAUAAAAGUACAUGAUAGUCUUUCAACA